GAAUUCUUUUAUUACCAUUCAUAUUUUGUAUAACAGCAGAUACAGUAGAAAGAACUGUUGCUAUGUUAACAGUUGUUUGCGACUCAACUCAUGUAUUUAGACGUUUGAAACUAAUAAUAGCCGAAAAUACUAAAGACGUUUGAACGGGCCGCUAAAACUUCGUUAAAAAUCAAUUCCACAUGGAAAUAGGUACGGCCCCAUGGUGCAUUUCCUUUUGAUGGAAACAGCGUAGCGAAAGCAUGAACAACGCUUAAAUCGAUCGGUUACUGGAAUCCUAAUGAAUUCUCACGUGAUAUGCAAUACACCCCUCGGUUUUUAAGGACUGUAGUACUUCAUAUGACCUACAUAGUCGGCGCAUCAACAUGGUUACCCCUGCACUCACAUCAGAAAUUUUACAAAGGUUUCGUACAAAUUUCUAUUCGGAACCAAAAAAUUGCUUGGCACAGAAUGCCUGCACCCGCACAGAUCCGUUGGAUGUCUGCAUGUCCAGGAAGCAGUUAGAGGAAACACAGCAUGUUUUCACACACAAGGUGGAAAUUGAGGGCAAACCUGUCACAAACCAGAAGACAUCUGGUCGAUGUUGGCUAUUUGCUGCUCUUAAUGUAAUGCGUGUACCUUUCAUGAAACAUUACAAUUUAGAUGAAUUUGAAUUUAGUCAAGCUUACCUUUUCUUUUGGGACAAGAUUGAGCGAUGUAACUUUUUUCUGUACAAUAUGGUGGAAACAGCACGCCGUGGAGAAGAAGUGACUGGCCGACUAGUCCAUUUCUUACUUUCUGACCCAGCAACUGAUGGGGGUCAGUGGGACAUGUUCUGCAGUCUCGUAAACAAACAUGGACUGAUGCCAAAGAAGUGCUUUCCCGAGUCUUAUAGCUGUGAAUCGAGUUCACGAAUGAAUAAUAUCCUGAAGAGUAAGUUGAGAGAGUACACAAAGGUGCUGCGUGAUUUGAUUAGGAAGGGUGCUAAUGAUACUGCAAUCAAUGAGUGCAUAGAGAACCAGAUGGAAGAGGUGUACCGUAUUGUUGGUAUUUGCCUGGGGAUCCCAUCUGAAACAUUCACAUGGGAAUAUUAUGACAAGUCAAAGAAUUACAGUUCUAUUGGCCCAAUAACACCCCUUGAUUUCUACAUCAAGCAUGUUAAACCACACUUCAAUGUAGAUGAUAAGGUGUGCUUAGUAACAGAUCCUCGAUCUACAAGUCCUUACGGUAAAGCAUAUACUGUUGAUUUCUUGGGUAAUAUGGUUGGAGGCCGCCGCAUAAUCUACAAUAACCAACCAGUGGAACUCCUCAUGAAAUUGUGUGCAGACUCAAUUCGUGCUGGUGAUCCUGUCUGGUUUGGUUGUGAAAUUGCAAAACGCUUUGCAUCGAAAUUGGGAAUUGGAGACCUAGACAUACAUGAUUACAAAUUAGUUUUUGGUGUCGAUGUUACUGUGGGGCUCUCAAAGGCUGAUAGACUUGUGUAUGGAGAGGGUGUAAUGAAUCAUGCAAUGGCCUUCACAGCUGUCUCAGUUGGUGAAGAUGGCAAGCCUACAAAGUUUCGUGUGGAAAACUCUUGGGGUGAUGACAGAGGUGAGAAAGGGUACCUCUUGAUGACUGCAGAGUGGUUUAAGGAAUUUGUGCUUGAAAUAGUCGUUGACCGCAAACUGGUGUCACGAGAAGUGCUUGAAGUGUUUGAGCAAGAACCUGUGGUUUUACCUGCUUGGGAUCCCAUGGGAACAUUAGCUCAUUGAAAAAUAUGCUAUGCGUUAACUGUCAUCCACUGCUUAUGUCAGUGAUACUUUGUGGAAGUGGUUUUGGGCAUCAAAUUGUGCUAGACAUUUCGUCUCAAAAAUUAUCUGAUGCUGCAGUGCAAUUAUACUGCAAGAUAUAUGCAGCUCCUCUGUGUAAGGUGAAACAUGAAAUUACUUGGUAAUUGGUGAGAAAUGUUUUGAAAUUUUGUUGCCAGUACUAUAAUUUUUCAUUUAUUUUCGAAUAUUUAUCAUACAAUUUUAUUUCUGAAUUUAUAUUGUGUAACUCAAAAGGUGACUAUGUUCUGUACUAGCAAUUAUAUAGCUAUAACCUGAGGUAAAAUACCAUUUUAUAUUAUCCUUUAUAUGUACAGUAAGUUUUGAUUCAUAUUUAUAGUUGUGUUCUGAAAUUAUCACAGAUAUUGCUCACAGCUUGGGUGUGUUGAAGCAAUUUUCUUCAUUGAUAUACUUAAUUGUUCAAACAAUAAAAAUGUACAGAAAAAGAAAAUAAUGUGAAGGUUAAAUAAACAAACUUGUUCAGACAUGUAAAA